AUGAUUAACAGGUUUGUGAGUUCCAAGGCUAAUCUUUCUGACCUUUACUUACCUGCAAUUUGCGUGACUGCCUAUUCGGCUUUUCUCCGUUACGAAUUAGCUGACCUUCUUUGUUGUGACAUUAGUUUUUGCGAUGCAUUUGUGAAGAUUUAUGUAUUUAAGAGCAACUUGAACAGGUGUUCAUUGGGAUGGUGCCCACGUUCUGUUGACAAAAUCAGGCUCUGUUUCUUGUCCUUUUCACAUGCUUUACAGAUACGUCCAUGCCGCUAAUUUAGAAUUGUCUCGGUCUUCGUUACCGUUUUUUCGCUCUUUGCAUUUUCAUAAACUUACCUCUCCUUAUGGUUUACGUUCCACGGGUAUGAGUUAUACCAGAACUAGGGAAAUAGUUUUACGAGCGUUUGCGGAACUAGGUUAUCGUAAUCACUUGUUUGGUUUACACAGUUUAAGAGCUGGAGGUGCUUCUGCAGCCGCUAACGCAGACGUCAGUGAUCGACUCUUUAGCAUCACAGCAGAUGGAAGACAGAUCGAGCCAAGGACGCUUAUUUUAAGUAUAAUGUAG